ACAUCGGUAAUGCGCAGGCUUUGAUGAUCAUCAAAACAAGUAACAUUUAACGCGGUCGGUAAAAACUGACUAUAACAUUCUCUUAAUGAGUCAGACGGGUGAAAGGUAGGGUCAACGGUACAAUCAGAACCUAGGAAACUGUGACCAGUUAGUCGGUGUGUCAUGUUUCUGCUCUGGUGAUCUGGCGGUCUGUCAAAUGUCAGGCUUGUGAAAAAAGUAUCCGUAUUAAAUUGAGCAAACGAUUUGAGCAGCCUUCCACGUGUGAAUAAAUAUAUCUGUAAUAGGAUACAUAUUUAAUUUCGAUGAUAUUUAGGAAGAGCGUUUCUUUCUUUUAUAUACUUGUACUUUGUUUUCACCCAUCCGCGAUCAGUUGCAUUCCCACGUUAUCUCGAGGAUUGAUGUAGGACGGUUUGACAGUAUAAAUUCUCAACCACUUACGACCGUUACUCAAUCGCACUUGUAAACCUUGAAUCUUGACUGAUGCACUUGUUUUAUCCUAUGAAAAGGACAAAAGAAAAUCCAUGAAUUAACGUACGAUUAACAACUAUUCGGAAUCCUCAGGUAAAGCGUAUGGAAAAUGCUGGCCCCGGAAACAGGGUCAACGAACUCAGACACAGUAAAUAUUCAUGGGAAAAAUGAGAAACUUCCCCUUAUUACGGGAAGGGGAAUUUUCCAGAGGCUCGGUGGACUUUUCAGUUUUGGAAGAUCAUCUCAAACUGUGAGCGAUGGGUAUGUGGAAUUUGGAACUUUGGGUCCGCAGCCAGGUCGGACCCUGGGUACCUUUGCCGGUGUUUUCAGCCCUGUCACCCUCUCCAUGUUCAGUGCCUUGGUAUUUAUCCGAAUAGGCUACAUUGUUGGAAAUGCUGGUCUACUCGUUACGCUUACUCAAUUUGUCAUUGCGUAUGGAAUUUUAGUCUUCACAGUCGCCUCUGUUUGCGCAAUUUCAACAAAUGGUGCCGUUGAGGGGGGUGGAGCGUAUUUCAUGAUCAGCAGAACACUGGGUCCAGAGUUUGGCGGUUCAAUUGGGACUCUGUUCUUCAUGGCGAAUAUCGUUUCCAGUGCACUUUGUAUAUCUGGGUUCGCCGAAGGUUUAGUGGAAAAUUUCGGACCCUCGGGUUACCUGAUUGGCCAGAAUCCUAUUUUACCAGAUGGCAGAUGGUGGAGAUUUCUGUAUUGUUCUGUUGUGAAUACUGCAAACUUAUUUGUCUGUUUGAUCGGUGCAACUAUGUUUGCAAAAACAAGUGCGGUCAUAUUAGCCAUUGUCUGCAUUUGUCUGGGCAGUGUAUUCAUCAGUUUUUUCGCACAAGGUCAAAGUGAGGUGCCAAUACCAGCUGCAAAUACCCUGGUUCAAAAUGCUACAUAUCACGUAAAUGGAACGUACACAGGUCUGCUCUCUACCACCUUGAUAGAAAAUCUUUAUACCAAUUACACGGCUGAUUACACAAGUAAUGGUAAAGUCGUUGACUUUGCAAGUGUUUUUGGUGUGUUAUUCAGUGGAGUAACAGGAAUAAUGGCUGGAGCGAACAUGAGUGGUGAACUGAAAAAUCCGGCGAAAAAUAUACCAAGGGGAACCUUAUCUGCAGUGUUGUUCACAUUUAUAUGCUACAUCUUGCUGUCAAUACUUACUGCCGCGACGAGCAGUAGAUUUUUAUUGCAAAACAAUUUUAUUUAUCUAAUGCCCAUCAAUCUCUGGCCGCCAUUUGUAGCGAUCGGUAUUUUGACCGCCACAUUCAGUGCUGGACUGAGUAACUUGAUUGGUUCGAGCAGAGUGUUGGAAGCACUGGCAAAGGACAAUGUUUUUGGUUCGGGUUUGAAUUAUAUUUUGUACGGAACGUGGCAUGGAAAUCCGAUCAGUGCCGUUCUCACCUCCUGGCUUUUGGUCCAAAUUAUUCUGCUCGUUGGAUCGCUGAAUACAAUUGCCCAGAUUAAUUCAGUCCUCUUCUUGCUUAGCUAUUUGGCAACCAACUUGGCGUGCUUGGGACUUGAGCUAGCCAGUGCUCCAAACUUUAGGCCAACUUUCAACUAUUUUACCUGGUAUACCGCUACCGUAGGACUCUUGGGAACAUUGAUAAUGAUGUUUGUGAUAAACAGCAUCUACGCGUCAAGCAGUAUAAUACUUUGUUUAAUUUUAGUCAUAGUACUGCACCUGUUCUCUCCCAGCAAAAACGCACCAUGGGGCAGCAUAUCGCAGGCUCUCAUAUUCCACCAAGUCAGAAAGUACUUAUUGAUGUUGGACUCGCGCAAGGAUCACGUCAAGUUUUGGCGUCCUCAAAUGCUCUUGAUGAUAGCCUCGCCAAGGUCGGCCUGUCCACUGAUCGAUUUUGUAAACGAUUUGAAAAAGGGAGGUUUAUAUGUCAUCGGACACGUUAAAGUUGGACAAUUCUUCGCACAGAGGACCGACCCGACAAUAGAAGAAUAUCCGCACUGGUUGAGCCUAGUCGAUCACAUGAAAGUUAAGGCAUUUAUAGAAUUGACCAUUGCGCCGAGUGUUCGCGAAGGAUUGCAUCAGCUCAUUCGCCUCUCAGGUAUGGGGGCCAUGAAACCGAACACGAUUAUACUCGGAUUUUAUGACCAGGAAGAGCCUCGGGAUUUUUUUCAAAACUCGCAAUACGCCACAUCCAUGUUUGACAGCUCUGUUGCAUCGACUACUGUUAAAGUAUUCCCACUCAGAGACAUGGGCACCGAGAGAACUGUUGAUCAAGUACAAUAUGUUAAAAUGUGUCUUGAUGUCCUCAAAAUGAAGAAAAACUUAUGCCUCUGCAGAAGCUUCCAUUUGCUAGACAAAUCAAGUAUCAACAAAAGUUCGAAUUUGAAAUACAUCGAUGUCUGGCCAGUGAAUUUCUUGCAACCAUCCGACCAAGAUCCUUUCGACACUUCGUCUUUGUUCAUGCUGCAGUUGGCCUGCAUAAUCAACAUGGUGCCGGUGUGGAAAAACUUACACCUCAGAGUGUUUCAUUGUGAAACAAUGCAGAACCACUCAAUUUUGAACGUGGCUGAAUCAUUUGGAUCAACAUCGAGCGAGUUUCCGAACUCACUGAACGAGCGUAAAUUGAGAGAACUUUUGAACAUGUUACGUAUUUCAGCAUCCAUAAACCAAGUCUUGGAAUGGUCAAGGCUACUUGACGAAUUGCAGAGUAAUGGUUCGGCAGGGUUUCAAUCAUCUGACAGCGACUAUCCGUCUACCAUGGAUCAAAGGGAAGGCGUGGCCAACAAUAUACCCGAAUCUUACUUAUCCAGUGUCAACAAGCUGAUACGGCAAAAUUCAGCAAACACGGCAGUAGUUUUUAUUUACCUUCCGCCACCACCUGACUCCAGCACCAGAGACGAGAAAGAAAUCUACCCCCAGUACCUUCAUUCGCUGUCUUUGUUGACAACGAACUUACCACCAACAAUUCUGAUCCAUGGACUUAAUGCUGUAACAUCAACAACUUUAUAAGCACAAGUUUUACGUAAAUAUCUGUGAUUUGGUAACUGAGAUACCUUGAUUGACGUAAUUGAAUAUGGUAUUCUAGAUAGUAAAAUUGAACAUUGAAUAAUGACAGGUAAGGAGUAUUUGAAGGCAACCGACAAUGAUCGAUUGUUGCAUUAGUUGUUAGA